CUGAGCUGAAGCAGAGACUCCCAAGUGCCAGAAGCCAGUGUGCAGUGUGUGCGCGCGUGUGUGUGUGCGUGUGUGACAAACUCGAUCAGCCCGAACAAGACCACCUCUUGCUUAAAGCUUUCAAACUGUUAUUCUUCCCGCCCCCCGUCACCCCCCAAUAUCAGAGCACCAAGUAAUCUGUCUCCCUCCCACCCCUUCCCCCUCCACCCCUCCUGUUGGAAGAUAUGGAAGAGAAAGAUAAAGGGGCUGCAUCUGGGCUCUGACUGUUCAGCCUGCAUGCCUCUCUGCUUCCAGACCUGGGUGGACUUCAUCAUCGCCUUCCCCCGAAAAAAUCACCGUCAGCGGGAUGAGAUGCAACUUCUUGCAACUGGAUUUACAGACUGACACUUGUUUGGCUGCCCUAAAUCCCUGUGAUCUCCAGGGCCCUCUGAUAAUGGAGUCAUCAUGUUAACUGAAGAGGUCAUCAACAGAUGUGUACAUUCACCUUAUAGUGUCCGCUGAGCUGAGAAGGAUCAGAUAUAGACUCCACAAGUGGAUCUUACCUCCAUGUGAGAAGACGGACACAGGAGACUAUAAUAUGGCCCUUGGAUGUACUUGCUGUUCGUUCACCCACUUACUGCCUGUCUCCCAUGAGAAAGAGACUCUGAGGUGAGACUGACUUUUGCACUGCAGGAAAGCUCAGGGCAAAGAAAGAAUGCUGUAAGAAAACAUGCUUGUCGGGGAAAAUGUUUUUGUGUUUAAAAGCACUCAGCAAAAUCCUGUUUCUGGCUUAAGUGAUAAUUGGUCAUCGGGUUUCUUGUUAUAGACACAGAAAUGAAUAACUCAACAUACAUAAAUGCUUCUACGGACAAUGAAAUGGCACUGGGAAGCCCCUAUAAAACAGUUGAGGUGAUCUUCAUAGUCCUGGUAGCCGGGUCUCUCAGUCUAGUGACUAUCAUUGGGAACAUUUUGGUCAUGGUGUCAAUCAAAGUGAACAGGCACCUGCAGACUGUCAACAACUACUUCUUGUUCAGCUUGGCAUGUGCUGACUUGAUCAUUGGUGUCUUUUCCAUGAACCUAUACACACUUUACACUGUGAUUGGCUACUGGCCCUUAGGGCCUGUAGUAUGUGACUUGUGGCUGGCUCUUGACUAUGUGGUCAGCAAUGCCUCUGUCAUGAACCUUCUCAUUAUUAGCUUUGACAGAUUCUUUUGUGUCACCAAGCCUCUGACAUACCCUGUAAAGCGGACCACUAAGAUGGCAGGCAUGAUGAUUGCUGCUGCUUGGGUGCUGUCCUUCAUCUUGUGGGCACCUGCAAUUCUGUUCUGGCAGUUUAUCGUUGGGGGAAGAACAGUUCCCGAUAGGGAUUGCUACAUCCAGUUCUUUUCCAAUCCAGCUGUCACUUUUGGCACUGCCAUUGCAGCGUUCUACCUGCCCGUUGUCAUUAUGACCAUUCUCUACUGGCAAAUAUCUCGUGCCAGCAAGAGCAGGAUGAAAAAAGGAAAAAAGGAACCAGCACAAAACCAAGAUGCAGUUUGUCCCAGUCUAGUCCAAGGUAAAAUAGUGAAACCAAACAAUAACAACAUCCCAGUCAGCGAUGAUGGGUUGGACCAUAGCAAAAUUCAGAAUGGUAAAGCCACUGGAGAGAGUGUAAUAGAGAACUGUAUUCAAGGGGAGGAGAAGGAGAGCUCUAAUGAUUCCACCUCUGUCAGUGUCAUUGCUUCCAACAUGAAGGAGGAUGAAGUUGCCAAAGAAGCCAACAGGGCUUCCAUUUCUCAAGCCCACUCCAAAGCUGAGAACUCCAAGCUGACAUGCAUCAGGAUAGUCACAAAAUCCCAAAAGGGGGACUGUUGUGUCCCAACCAACACAACUGUGGAGAUUGUAGGUACCACUGGCCAAAACGAGGAUGAGAAGCAGAACAGCGUAGCCCGUAAAAUUGUCAAGAUGACCAAGCAGCCAGCCAAAAAGAAACCACCCCCAUCUAGAGAAAAAAAAGUGACCAGGACUAUCUUAGCAAUUCUCUUGGCCUUCAUCGUUACCUGGACACCAUACAAUGUGAUGGUGCUUAUCAACAGCUUCUGUGGGCCCUGCAUCCCCGGCACUGUUUGGACUAUUGGUUACUGGCUCUGUUAUAUCAACAGCACCAUCAAUCCUGCCUGCUACGCCCUCUGCAAUGCUACCUUCAAGAAAACCUUUAAGCACCUUCUUAUGUGUCAUUACAAGAACAUAGGAGCCACAAGGUAAAAAAUAAAAAUCACAGAAAGGGGGAAGACUUUCCAAGUUUAAAAAAAACACACAAAAAAACAAUGCCAUGGCACUUUAUGCUCUAGUAUGGAAUGUGCAAUCAAGGAGCCCAGUGGAGACACUGACAUGGGGCCUCAGCUCCAUCUUUGAGAACUGCACUUAAAAAACCUUUUUUCUUGGGGAAUGUUGGAAUGAAAUGAAGGGUCAGUAGAAAAAGCAGCCUUGAGGCACAGUUUCUUGCUUCCCGAUGGUCUCAUGGAGAAGGGCUUUAGUGUCUAUGAUUUGUUUCAGUUUUAUAUGGAAUAAUAACACCCUUUCUUUUCUUUUGGUCUGCCGAUGUGUGUCCAUUUGGAAAAAAAAAUGUAAGAAAACUUGGACAAUAAAUAAAACAUCAAUACAUUCAG